CAUCGAUCUUCCGGAAGUAGGAAGACUUCAUGAAUGUUCCGCUUGUAGCGGCGGUGAACGUAGCGUCAGUUUGUUGGAGUCAGUUGGAGUUUUGUUCAGAGUAAUCUAAUUCAUAAAUACACACAACAAUGGCGGAUAAUGAUGACCUUUUGGAUUACGAAGAUGAGGAACAGACUGAACAAGUAGUCGAUGGAAGCGGGGAUAUUCCUGCUAAAAAGGAAGUCAAAGGCACAUAUGUAUCUAUUCAUAGUAGUGGAUUUAGAGAUUUUCUUCUAAAACCUGAAAUAUUACGUGCAAUUGUUGAUUGUGGUUUCGAGCACCCAUCUGAAGUACAACAUGAAUGUAUUCCUCAAGCAGUACUUGGCAUGGAUAUACUGUGUCAAGCAAAGUCUGGUAUGGGGAAAACAGCUGUAUUUGUAUUAGCAACUCUACAACAAUUAGAAUUAACAGAAAACCAAGUAUACGUUCUUGUUAUGUGCCACACGCGAGAACUUGCUUUUCAAAUUAGCAAAGAAUAUGAGAGAUUUAGCAAAUAUAUGCCUCAUGUAAAGGUUGGAGUAUUUUUUGGUGGCUUGCCAAUUCAGAAAGACGAAGAAGUCCUGAAGAACACGUGUCCUCAUAUUGUCGUGGGUACACCAGGUCGUAUCCUUGCUCUUGUACGGAAUAAGAAGUUGAAUCUGAAACACCUGAAACAUUUUAUACUUGACGAGUGUGAUAAAAUGCUUGAAUUGCUAGAUAUGCGUAGGGAUGUACAGGAAAUAUUUAGAAGCACUCCACACGGCAAGCAAGUCAUGAUGUUCAGCGCUACAUUAUCCAAGGAGAUACGUCCUGUCUGCAAGAAAUUUAUGCAAGAUCCCAUGGAAGUCUAUGUGGAUGAUGAAGCGAAACUCACAUUGCAUGGUCUACAACAGCAUUAUGUCAAACUUAAGGAGAAUGAAAAGAACAAGAAGCUAUUUGAAUUACUCGAUGUUCUUGAAUUCAACCAGGUUGUUAUCUUUGUAAAAUCUGUACAAAGGUGUAUGGCUUUGGCGCAACUCCUUACGGAACAAAAUUUUCCUGCUAUUGGGAUACACAGAGGAAUGACUCAGGAAGAACGUUUAUCAAGAUAUCAACAAUUCAAAGACUUCCAAAAGCGCAUUCUUGUAGCUACAAAUUUGUUUGGACGUGGUAUGGAUAUUGAACGUGUAAACAUAGUAUUCAAUUACGAUAUGCCAGAAGAUUCUGAUACAUACCUACAUCGAGUAGCCAGAGCUGGUCGUUUCGGUACUAAAGGUCUUGCUAUUACGUUAGUAAGUGACGAAAGUGACGCUAAGAUAUUAAAUGACGUCCAAGAGCGAUUUGAUGUUAAUAUUACAGAAUUGCCAGAUGAAAUAGACUUAGCUUCAUAUAUUGAAGGACGAUAAAUACAAAUUUAUUUCCAAAGUAUAAACUUUGAAAUAUUAAAAUAAGUUCAUGAAACUCGGAACAAUAUAUAAUAACUUAUCAUUGUCCACCUACGUUCAGUAUAAUCAUAUUUUGUAUGAAUUUACAAUUUCUUUUUCAUUCAUCCAACAAACUUUCAAGACAAGUGACGCACUGGAAUUAUAAUAGCCGAAUUAUUAUUCUCUUAUAGCUACAAUAAACAAUUCAUGUUAUCACUGUG